AUGUCGACUCAGCUGUCUUUCUCUCUCCGCGUUUCUUCGGGCGUCAAGUCCGUCCACCUUCUCGGCUCCUGGGACAACUACCAAGGCCAGCUCCCGCUUUCCAAGGACAAGACCUCGUCCAAGUCUGGCUCAUGGAAGGGCACUUUUCGCUUCCCCGGUAGCACACUCGAGUCCGGCCAGCGCUACUGGUACUACUACAUCAUCGAUGGAUACCACUGCGCACACAACCCCAGUGAGGCCUCGACCGUCGAGCCCACCACCGGCCGCUCGUUGAACAUUCUUGAUGUCGCCAAGUCAUCUUCUUCGUCCAAGUCGUCUUCCAAGUCUUCGUCUUCCUCCAAGAGCUCGUCCCGCCACUCUUCCUCAUCCAAGUCUUCGUCUUCUUCGUCAUCCAAGCGCUCCAGCGAUGUUGCCAAGGGCCGCCCCCUGUCCGUCUCCCAGAUCAAGGCCCCCAAGCCCAUGGCUCCCCACGCCACCCGCCACAUCCUGGAUGGCAGCUACGACGACGAGGAGGUCGCCGAGCUCGCCUCGCGCUUCGGAUACGCCAGCUUCGAGGAUGAGUACAACGAGGACAUCGUCACCGACUUUGGCAGCUCUUCGCCCGUAUCGUCGGUCGGCUCCGGCUCGGACCUGUCGUCGUACUACCGCUCCGACAGCUCCAGCCCCAACUCAAGCAUGUCCGGCUACUCGACCCCCAGCUCCGACUGCAGCUCGUGCACGUGCGAGCGCUACGGCAUCACCCGCAAGGGCGACCGCGUCCGCCUCGACUGCGGCGGCUCGCGUUGCGGCUACGACAACGAGUCUGAGUGCUCGUCCGGUUCCGAGGACGAGUACGUCAGCAGCCGCUCCAGCCGCCGCAACGGAAUGGUCGUCCGUGCUUAG